AAAUUUUUUCCUUUCAAACUUUGACAACCGAUUUAAACGGAAAUUUUAAAUUAUCAAUAAACGAAAAAACGCACAAAAAAUGGAGAAUAAUAAAAGCUACAGCGAUAAUAGAAAUACCGAGGCUGCUUUGAAAACGCAAAAACUAGUGGAGCGGCGGUGGAAAAAUCGUUAAUGAACCACAAAACCAACCACAGCUAAACAUUAAGGACAACAGCCACGGUUUUCUGUAUUUCAGAAUUUGUGAAUCUCAUAGUUUUCUGUAGCCCACCGUCACCCAGAUUUCGUGGAUUUGCUGGAAAAAGAGGGUGACUAAAUUGAAAUUAUUCGGUUGUUAUCAUUUGAUUGUUUCCGCAAUUUAACAAUUUGCUGUUUGCUUGUUUACCGCACUUUAUGGAAGAGUUGCAAAACAGAAUGCCGUUAGCAAUGAUACUGACAUGUCUGGAAGGGUGAGUUGCAUUUCGUGAGGGUGCUUUUGCUUGCUUGCUCGUUUGCUGGUAACUCAAAUGCUGAUAAGCAUUGAAUUCAGAGACAACGCUAAGUAUUUAUGAUAGCCCACAAUUGCAGGCGCCGCGCUUUACCACACAACCCUCGUCAUCCGGUUCGAUAGUGAGUGAAGGACGCACGAAAAUCCUCCAGUGUCAUGCCUUGGAUAUGGGCAUCUUCGAGAACACUACACUUGGCCAUCUCACGGUGACGUCAGGUCAUCCGGCCAUUUUUGAUUUACCACCUAUCGAAUCGCAACCGCCACCUUCGGUGAUGUGGCAAACGGUUGAAGGUCCGCUGAACUAUGACAUCAAAUAUGCCGUAACAAAAUCGAAUCAAUUGAUAAUACUCAGCGCAGACGAGGACGAUCGCAAAGCAUAUCGUGCUCGUGCCAUAAACACACAGUUGGGCAAGGAGGAGAAUAGCGCUUUCAUACAAUUGAACGUGAGUGGAGAUCCGUAUGUUGAGGUAGCACCUGAAAUUGUUGUGCAUCCGCAAGACAUGAAAGUGAAACGUGGCGAACAGGUGGCCGUAUUGGAAUGUAUCGCGAAUGCGCGACCCCUGCAUGAAUUGGAGACUCUGUGGCUAAAGGAUGGUAUACCCAUUGAGAAUGCUGGUGUGCCGCACACACUCAACGAUCCUUGGAAUCGUUCGCUAUCCCUGCUUGCUGCUAAUUUAACACAUUCGGGCGAGUACACGUGUCAGGUGCGGCUACGUAGCGGUGGCUAUGACACAGUGACAGUUAGCGCCAAAGUGGAGGUGUUGGAAGCUCCCACCUUUUUCACACAAAUGCGCACAGAAACGUUUGGUGAAUUUGGUGCACUGGUGACGUUGCCAUGUGACGUGGUAGGCGAUCCAAUGCCGGUGAUGAAGUGGUACAAAAAUGCCGAAAUCAUCGAUACAAAUGAUGGAAAAUACACACUUCAGGAGGAUAAUUCACUGAUCAUCAAGAAACUUACCCUAGAAGAUGCAGCCAUGUUUCAAUGCCUCGCCAGCAAUGAGGCAGGUGAAAAGAGCGCCUACACUUGGUUGCGUGUCAAAUCUGCAAUGGAUAAUCAUGAUAAAGGCUUACUACCACCACCACUCAAAGAAACCGCAACUACUACAACUUCCACUACUAAUUCAAAGCAUAGUGUACGGCGCAUGUCUACAGCUAAUAAUAAUCGACCGAAUGCAAUUCCGGUGCAUUUUGUUGAAAAGUGUAAAUCAUCGUCAUCGCAAGGGUACGUGCGCAGUUUGUUGCAACGCUUCAAGCGUCUAGCACAACCGCGUAUUAUCCAGCGUGUAAGAGCAUCAUCAUCGCAUUCUGGCAUGAGUACUGGCUAUCGCCGCAAGGAUUUUCGCUUUGCUUCUGCACCUGUGAUGGAGAAACCGCCACAAAACGUAACCGCAUUGGAUGGCAAGGACGCGACUAUUUGGUGCCGAGCAGUUGGUGCACCAAAUCCCAACAUCACAUGGAUUUACAACGAAACACAACUUGUUGAAAUAUCCAGUCGUAUACAAAUUCUCGAAUCGGGUGAUUUAUUAAUGUCGAAUGUACGUGAAACGGACGCUGGCCUUUAUACGUGCGUGCGUUCGAAUGAGGCGGGCACCGUCAAUGGCGAGGCAUAUCUAAGCGUUUUGGUUCGCACACAAAUCAUCCAGCCACCGGUUGACACCACUGUUCUGCUGGGUCUCAAUGCGACACUGCAAUGCAAAGUUUCCAGCGAUCCGACCGUGCCGUAUAACGUCGACUGGUAUCGCGAAGGUCAUCCGACAGCAAUCAGUAACUCUCAACGCAUCGGCGUACAAUCGGACGGCACACUCGAAAUACAAGCUGUGCGCGCAUCCGAUGUGGGCACAUACCAAUGUGUGGUGACAUCGCCAGGCGGCAAUGAGACGCGUUCGGCGCGUUUAAGUGUCAUCGAAUUGCCAUUCCCGCCGAGCAAUGUGAAAGUGGCGCGCCUUGACGCGCCCAACCAACGAACUAUCAACGUUUCAUGGACGCCGGGAUUCGAUGGCAAUAGUCCAAUAUUAAAGUUUAUCAUACAGCGGCGUGAAGUCUCCGAACUAGAAAAAUUCGUAGGUCCAGUUCCUGAACCUUUACUCAAUUGGGUGACGGAACUGAGCAACGUCUCGGCGGAACACCGUUGGACCCUGUUGAAGAACCUCAAAGCGGCUACAGUAUACCAGUUUCGUGUGAGUGCUGUGAAUCGUGUUGGUGAGGGAUCACCAUCAGAACCGAGCAAUAUUGUAGAACUACCGCAAGAAGCGCCAUCGGGUACGCCAGUCGGUUUCGUCGGUUCAGCGCGUUCGAUGUCGGAAAUUAUUACCCAGUGGCAGCCACCACUCGAGGAGCACCGUAAUGGGCAAAUACUUGGUUACAUACUACGUUAUCGGCUUUUUGGCUACAACAAUGUACCCUGGACAUAUCAGAAUAUAACCAAUGAAGCACAGCGGACCUUCCUAAUACAGGAGCUCAUUACAUGGAAGGACUACAUCGUACAAAUUGCCGCUUACAAUAAUAUGGGUGUUGGUAUUUACACAGACGGCGCCAAGAUUAAGACUAAGGAGGGUGUACCCGAAGCGCCACCUACCUUUGUUAAAGUUAGCGCAAUAAAUUCGACAUCGGUACUUGUCACUUGGACGCCACCCAAUCCGCAGCAAAUAAAUGGCAUAAACCAAGGCUAUAAAAUUCAAGCCUGGCGCAUUGAAAUGAUUGAUGGGGAGGCACGCGAUAUCGAGGAACGCAUGAUUACAGUACCGCCAAGUUUACUCGAUCCACUGGCAGAACAGACAGCAGUAAUGACUGGAUUGGAUAAGUUUACGGACUACAACAUUACCGUACUAUGCUUUACCGAUCCCGGCGAUGGUGUGCCUAGCUUUAAAGUGCACGUGAAGACGCUGGAAGAUGUACCUGAUGAGAUAAUGGCAUUGCACUUUGACGAUGUAUCAGAUCGUUCGGUGAAGGUGCUGUGGUCACCACCAAAGAACUCAAACGGCAUUCUCACUGGCUAUAGCGUGCGCUACCAAGUAAAGGAUCGCCCCGAUACAUUAAAGUCUGUCAAUCUCACGGCCGAAGACACCGAACUGACAGUCACACAAUUGCAGGCCACCACACACUAUUGGUUUGAAAUACGCGCCUGGACUAAAGUUGGUGCAGGACCAGCUAAAACGGCCACUAUUCAAUCGGGUGUGGAGCCAGUGUUGCCACACCCACCAACAAAUUUAGCACUUUCAAACAUUGAAGCGUUCUCUGUCGUACUCCAAUUCACACCCGGUUUCGAUGGCAAUUCAUCAAUCACAAAAUGGAAAGUAGAGGCACAGACUGCGCGCAAUAUGACUUGGUUUACAGUAUGCGAAAUAUCCGAUCCUGACGCGGAAACACUCACCGUCACGGGGCUCAUGCCCUUCACGCAGUAUCGUUUGCGGCUGAGCGCUACAAAUGUGGUCGGCACUUCGCACCCUUCAGAGUCUACUAAGGACUUUCAGACGAUACAAGCCCGCCCAAUGCACCCACCCUUCAAUGUAACAGUGCGUGCGAUGAGUGCCACACAACUUCGCGUGCGUUGGAUUCCUUUACAGCAAACAGAAUGGUUUGGAAAUCCACGUGGCUACAAUAUCACAUAUCGUCAAGUGGAGAGUGAUAACCGUGUGCAAGCUAAGAGCGUCAUGAUCGAUGAUCACACUGCCAAUUCACAUGUUUUAGAGGGACUAGAAGAGUGGACGGUAUACGAUGUGGUUAUGAGUGCUUGCAACGAUGUGGGAUGUUCAAAGCACAGCGCCAUAGCUACUGAGCGUACGCGCGAGGCUGUACCAUCGUAUGGUCCACUUGAUGUACAGGCUAAUGCCACUUCUUCUACAACCAUCGUAGUGCGUUGGGGAGAGGUGCCGAAACAACAUCGCAAUGGUCAGAUCGAUGGUUUUAAAGUCUUCUAUGCGGCCACAAAUCGAGGCGGUCAAGUGCUGCACAAAACUAUCUCCAACAAUGCCUCCUUCACCACCACACUUACCGAAUUGAAAAAGUUCGUCGUCUAUCACAUACAAGUACUCGCUUUCACACGUCUCGGUGAUGGUGCCUUGAGCACACCACCAGUACGAGUGCAAACCUUUGAAGAUACACCCGGCGCACCAUCUAAUGUCAGCUUCCCUGAUGUUUCUUUCUCGACGGCGCGCAUCAUCUGGGACGUGCCCGACGAUCCUAAUGGCGAAAUUCUUGCAUAUCAGGUUACAUAUUCGCUAAAUGGUAGCGCUAACUUAAACUACAGCCGCGAAUUCCCUCCCUCGGACCGGACAUACCGCGCGACUCAGCUGCUCGCCGAGCGUUAUUACAUUUUUAGCGUUACUGCACAGACGCGCCUCGGUUGGGGUAAAACCGCUUCGGCACUCGUCUAUACAACAAACAAUCGCGAACGCCCGCAACCGCCUUCGAUGCCACAGAUCUCACGCAGCCAAGUGCAAGCACAUCAGAUUACCUUCAGUUGGACACCAGGACGCGAUGGCUUCGCGCCACUGCGCUACUACACCGUGCAAAUGCGUGAGAAUGAUGGUCCUUGGUCGCUAUUACCAGAGCGUGUAGAUCCUGCACUCACCUCUUACACAGCAACGAAUCUAAAACCUUACACGACAUAUCAAUUCCGAAUACAAGCUACCAAUGAUUUGGGACCCUCUGCUUUCAGUCGAGAAAGUAUUGUUGUGCGUACAUUGCCUGCUGCGCCGGCCUCGGGCGUGUCCGGUUUGAAAGUGGUGCCCAUCACGACCACUUCGGUACGUGUGCAAUGGUUUGCUUUGGAGACUUCAAUGUGGAAUGGCGAUGCAGCCACUGGUGGCUAUCGCAUUCUGUAUCAACAAUUGGCUGACUUCCCAACUGCACUGCAAGCCACGCCCAAGACUGAUGUAAUGGGUAUUAAUGUCAAUAAUGUGGUGCUUUCAGAUCUGCAACAGGAUCGCAAUUAUGAGAUCGUUGUGCUGCCCUUCAACUCACAAGGUCCCGGGCCUGCUUCACCGCCUGUAGCAGUAUACGUUGGCGAAGCGGUACCAACCGGUGAACCACGUGCAGUUGAUGCCGCGCCCAUAUCUAGCACAGAAGUACGUUUGCGCUGGAAGCCGCCAAAGCAAAGCAUGCAAAAUGGCGAUUUGUUGGGCUACAAAAUCUUCUAUUUGGUCAUCGAUUCCCCACAAAAGCUCGAAGAGGGACGCAAGUGGGAGGAGGAGAUUGAGGUGGUCUCAGCCACAGCCACAUCGCAUAGUUUAGUAUUUUUAGACAAAUUUACUGAGUAUCGCAUACAGCUACUAGCAUUUAAUCCGGCUGGCGAUGGACCACGCUCGGUACCUAUCACUGUUAAAACAUUGCAAGGACUACCGAGUGCGCCACUCAAUUUGCGAUUUGAAGAGAUUACAAUGCAAAGCUUGAAGGUGUCUUGGAAUCCACCGCGAUUUCCUAAUGGCGAAAUUCUAGGCUACCUUGUCACCUACGAGACCACCGAGGAGAACGAAAAAUUCAGCAAACAAGUCAAACAAAAAGUAUCCGGCACAAGCUUGAAGGUGCAAAAUCUCGAGGAGGAAGUCACCUACACAUUCACAGUGCGCGCACAAACGAUAGAAUAUGGGCCGGCUGUUAGCGAAAAUGUAACGACUGGCCCGCAGGAAGGGUCACCUGUGGCACCACGCGAUUUAAUACUAACAAAGACCUUAAGCGCCGUAGAAAUGCAUUGGAUCAAUGGUCCAUCGGGACGUGGUCCAAUACUUGGUUAUUAUAUUGAAGCGAAAAAACGAGACGACUCCCGCUGGGAGACAAUCGAACAAACGAAUAGUGGCACCAUACAAGAUUUCACAAUCAGCUAUCAAAUCUUAUUGCCAUCCACCGCCUAUACAUUCCGCGUGAUUGCCUACAAUCGUUAUGGCAUCUCUUUCCCCGCCUAUUCCAAAGAUUCCAUUUUGACGCCAUCGAAACUGCAUCUGGAAUAUGGCUAUUUACAACACAAACCAUUCUACCGGCAAACUUGGUUUAUGGUUUCUUUGGCGGCGACUUCCAUUGUCAUCAUCAUUAUGGUCAUUGCGGUGCUAUGUGUGAAGAGCAAAAGUUAUAAAUAUAAGCAGGAGGCACAAAAAACGCUCGAGGAGUCCAUGGCCAUGUCGAUUGAUGAACGGCAGGAAUUAGCGCUAGAAUUGUAUCGCUCACGGCACGGUGUCGGCACUGGUACACUAAAUAGUGUAGGUACAUUGAAUCGUGGCGCCUUGGGCACACUAGGUAAAAAAUCCUCUAAUCGACCGCCAACAAAUUUACAACUUGGAAAAAGCCCACCGCGUCCUUCGCCGGCCUCUGUGGCAUACCACAGCGAUGAGGAGAGCUUGAAGUGCUACGAUGAGAAUCCCGAUGAUAGUAGCGUUACGGAGAAGCCGUCAGAGGUUAGCUCCUCCGAGGCAUCACAGCACUCCGAGAGUGAGAACGAGAGCGUGCGCUCCGAUCCGCACUCGUUCGUCAAUCACUAUGCCAAUGUGAAUGAUUCGCUGCGACAAUCGUGGAAGAAACAGAAACCGGUGCGCAACUACUCCAGCUACACCGACUCGGAACCGGAAGGCAGCGCAGUGAUGAGUCUCAAUGGUGGUCAAAUUAUUGUGAAUAAUAUGGCCAGGUCGAGGGCUCCACUGCCUGGCUUUUCCUCCUUUGUCUGACAAUCAACGGAGUUUUAAAUUAAAAAAUAAAUAUAAAUUAUUAAAAUAGCGAGUAACAAAUAGCAAAAAGUAAUAGGCAACUAAAAUGUUGAUCAACUCACAAAACAAGCUGAGCGUGUGUAUUUAGUGCACUGUUUUUUAAAACACUUUUGAAUCAAACACACACAAGAAACUAGUUAUUAAAAAGAAAACACAAAAAAUAAAACAAAAACAAAAGAAAAACUUAAAAGACUACUUAAGGUAUUUUAAAUUUUAUGUAUGCGUAAUGAAACUGACUGGUCUGUUGCAAUUUGAAAGUGUUUUGAAACAACAGUUUUAACUGUUAAUUGUAUAGUUUUCAUGUGACCCGACAAUUUUAAUUUGUAAGAAGCAAAGUGUAGCAUUAAUUAGUUCAUAGU